AGGUACCCUCGAUUUGGUGGAGGCCACAGUGGUCCUCCAUCUGGAAAGUUUGGGAACCCUGGUGAGAGACUGCGGAAAAGGCACUGGGACCUUAAUGAGCUUCCCAAGUUUGAGAAGAAUUUUUACAAAGUGCACCCUGAUGUCACUCGGAGAGCGAUGCAAGAAGUGGAGCAGUACCGCAGAGGGAAAGAAGUGAUGGUGAAAGGCAGAGAUUUUCCUAAACCCGUCAUUAAGUUCAGUGAGGCCAAUUUCCCCAAUUAUGUUAUGGACGUGAUCUCUAGACAAUCUUGGUCUGAGCCCACCCCUAUACAGUCCCAGGGGUGGCCAUUGGGACUCAGUGGAAAAGACAUGGUUGGCAUUGCCCAGACAGGAUCUGGGAAAACCUUGGCUUACCUACUGCCUGCCAUUGUGCACAUUAACCACCAGCCUUUCCUGGAACGCGGAGAUGGUCCUAUUUGCUUGGUGCUGGCCCCCACUCAUGAACUGGCACAGCAGGUACAGCAGGUGGCUGCAGAGUAUGGAAAAGCUUCCCGACUGAAGUCCACUUGCAUCUAUGGUGGAGCACCCAAAGGACCUCAAAUCCGUGAUCUUGAAAGAGGUGUUGAGAUCUGCAUUGCAACCCCUGGUCGUUUGAUUGACUUACUGGAGGCAGGAAAAUCCAACCUGCGUCGCUGCACAUACUUGGUUCUUGAUGAGGCCGAUCGUAUGCUGGACAUGGGAUUUGAACCUCAAAUUCGCAAAAUUGUUGAUCAGAUUUGUCCUGACAGACAAACUCUGAUGUGGAGUGCUACAUGGCCUAAAGAGGUGUGUCAGCUGGCUGAGGACUUCCUGAAGGAUUAUUGUCAGAUCAAUAUAGGAGUGCUCCAGCUUAGCGCCAAUCAUAACAUCCUGCAGAUAGUGGACAUCUGCAAUGAUGGAGAGAAAGAUGACAAACUUUUGCGGUUGUUGGAAGAGAUCAUGAGUGAGAAGGAGAACAAGACAAUCAUUUUUGUGGAGACAAAGAGGAGAUGUGAUGAGUUGACCCGGAGGAUGAGGAGAGAUGGCUGGCCUGCCAUGGGCAUUCAUGGUGACAAGAGUCAGCAGGAAAGAGACUGGGUUCUGAAUGAUGUGGAGGAUGUGAAAUAUGUCAUCAAUUAUGACUACCCUAACUCAUCUGAAGACUAUAUACAUCGCAUUGGACGAACGGCGCGCAGUCAAAAAACAGGCACAGCAUACACCUUCUUUACUCCAAACAACAUGAAACAGGCCAACGACCUCAUCUCUGUCCUCCGUGAGGCAAACCAAGCCAUCAACCCAAAACUGAUCCAGAUGGCAGAGGACAGAGGAGGCCGUUCCCGUGGUGGUCGCAGUGGCUAUAAGGAUGACUGUCGGGAACGGUAUUCUGGUGGGAGUAGGAGAGAUUUCAGUAGUUACAGAGAUAGGGAUAGUGACCGGGGAUAUGGUAGUGGACCAAAGGCACAGAGUGGAGGCUGUGGGGGCAGCAGCUUUGACAAACGCAAAAAUUGCAGCAGUAGCUUUGGUAACGGCAAAGGACAGGCCAACUACAAUUUGACAAACUCUGUGGCCGCAUUUGGGAAUCAAAAGUUCCAGAACCAGCCAUUCCUAGGAAACCAGACUCCAGCCCAGAAUGGGAUGAACCACCCACAGUACCCCUAUAACCCUUCUCAACAACCCCAGCAGACACCACAGCUCAUGAUGCCCUACCCCAUGCCCCUCUCUUUCACCCAGUAGAAAAUCUCAGACAAACACAAAUAAUGAAGUAACUAUCUUGUUUAAAACAUUGUUAUUAUAGGUAUGACUAUUCUUUGUACUGUUUAUUUUACUUAUGGCAGAGCUGGAUGUUUUAUCUAGCUGAUAUUUACUAGUCCAAGCUAUUUUAAUGUAACUUAAGAUCAGUGCACAUCUUUACCAUUUUUGAUUCAUUCUUUGGUAAUUUAUUUUUUAGGUAAUGCACAUUUUGAUUUAAUGUAUGUUUUAACUAUGUUUCAAACUUGAUUUUGAGGGUCAUGCAUGGAUCUUCAAAUAAAAAGGGAAUAGGAUUCUGGAUGUCUUAUUUUGGGGAGAGGGGUGGGUUGAAAUUGUAUGUAGUAGUAACCCUUUGAAAUGCAUCAAUGCAUUUAUAGUAGAGCAGUUUGUUAGGCUAAAUAUUAAGUAUUAAAUUAUGGUUGUAUUAAAACAAGUUUUUUCAAAAUCUAUAUUCACAGUUACGGUUUGCUAAUAAUCUAUGCAUGGACCCUCUCAGUCAUCUCAAACCAACUUGCACUGAGAUGACUUUGGCAAAAUUAAAUUCACCAGAUAUGCUUGAACUUGUAAAGACACUCCUUACUGGAUUUUAUCCCAGCUCCCUAAAACCUUUCAAAUAUUCUCGAUGGAGAUGGCACUAUAUGAUGGCAGGUGCAAGUGUGGGAUUUUGCUGCA